UCUCGAAGAAGAUUUCUGACCCGGAAGUUUAUUCUGACAAUUCUACGACCCGGAUGUUAAUGUCGGUGAAACUUCAUUUGAAUGCUUUUUGUUGGAUACGAUGUUAGAAUAAAGGACGAGGCUGGGCUCAAAGGCAAUAUGGCUCACAUCACCAUCAACCAGUACCUGCAGCAGGCCUAUGAAGCCAUCGACAACCAGAAGGGGGCACUCUGUGCUGAGCUGCUGUCCUUUAAACACCCCCACGUAGCCAACCCAAGGCUCCAGCUGGCCAACCCAGAGGACAAAUGUCAGCAGGUUCUUGAGCCACCGUACGAUGAAAUGGUGGCUGCUCAUCUAAGGUGUACGUAUGCAGUUGCCAAUCAUGACUUUGUAGAAGCCUACAAGUUCCAGACCAUUGUCGUCCAAUCCUUUUUGAGAGCAUUUCAGUCCCACAAAGAGGAGAACUGGGCAUUGCCUGUGAUGUUCACUGUCACACUGGAUUUGAGGAUAUUUGCUAACAAUGCAGAGCAGCAGUUGCAACUGAAGGGCAAGGGUCAACCGAGUGAGAUGCUAGAAAAAGCUGCCGAGCAACUCAUGAGCUGCUUUCGAGUUUGUGCCAGUGACAAUCGAGCUGGGAUCGACGACUCAAAAAAGUGGGGCAUGAUGUUUCUAAGCAACCAGCUCUUCAAGAUCUACUUUAAGAUCAAUAAGCUACAUUUGUGCAAGCCGCUUAUCAGGGCCAUCGACAGCUCCAACCUAAAGAACGACUACAGUCCUGCUCAGAAGGUCACAUACAAAUACUAUGUAGGUCGCAAAGCCAUGUUCGACAGUGACUUCAAACCAGCCGAGGAGUUUCUUUCCUAUUCCUUCCGACACUGCCAUCGUGCCAGUCAGAAAAACAAGAGAAUGAUUCUCAUCUACCUGCUGCCUGUCAAGAUGUUGCUGGGCCAGAUGCCAACGCUUCAGCUCCUGGAGAAAUACGACCUCCUUCAGUUUGCUCAAGUCACCAAGGCUGUCAGUGACGGAAACCUGCUGCUAUUAAAUGAGGCUCUUUCCAAACACGAGACCUUCUUCAUCCGCUGUGGCAUCUUCCUCAUCCUGGAGAAGCUUAAGAUAAUCACAUACAGGAACCUCUUCAAGAAAGUGUACCUGCUGCUGAAGACACACCAGCUGCCUUUGGACACCUUUUUGGUGGCCCUGAAAAUGAUGAAGGUGGAAGAUGUUGACGUGGAUGAAGUGCAGUGUAUCCUGGCAAACCUAAUCUACAUGGUGAGGUCACAUCAAAGGUUACAUCUCUCAUCAACACCAGAAGCUUGUGGUCAGCAAACAGAAUCCCUUUCCUCCACUGUCUACAAUCUCCUAAGCUACUGUAUAUUAGCUCAUAAGAUGGCUUCCUUUGACUGGGAGGGUUGGCAGCGAUCAGUCUCUGCUAGCCGUCCAAGUACAAAUGGAUUGGACGUCUCUCACCGUCAACAGCUGGCAAGAAGUUAAGACCAACUAAAAUUCAUUUUUUUGUAUAACUAAUGGUCAAUCAUGAAAUAAAAGACACUGUUUUGUAUGCUCUGCUUCAUUCUUAACAGUGUUCGUUUUAGUCCUUCUUAGUAAUUGGAUUUCCUGGUUUUAUGUUUGGAUUGGGACACAGCAGGAAUGUUUUCAUAGUUCCUUUUUUCCCCCAUUUUUGGGGGAAGGGAAUGGGGCCCAUCCACAUGUAAAAAAUUGUAACACAUAGUAUACUUCGGACUAUAAGGUACACCAGAUUAUAAAGAGCAUGGUUA